AUGUCGGCGAGAAAACUGCAAAAGGUGAUGGUUCAGCCGGUGAACCUUAUCUUCAGAUACCUCCAGAAUCGCACACGCGUCCAAAUCUGGCUCUACGAGGACGUCACCCACCGGCUCGAGGGAUACAUCAUCGGUAAGCCUCUAAAAUCGGCCGUUUCCAAUCAAUAUUAUCGAUUUUCUUCCAGGAUUCGACGAGUUCAUGAACGUCGUGUUCGACGAGGCCGAGGAGGUCAACGUCAAGUCCAGGGCUCGCAACAAGAUCGGCCGAAUUCUGCUCAAGGGCGACAACAUUACUCUGAUCCACGCCGCCCAACAGGAAGCCUAA